AUGUCGGAGGCUGCGAUUGUAUUUUCGGAGUUUAAUGGCGACAACGAUGCAGCAGCAGCCAUAUCACGAGUACGAGAACGGAUACUGGACACAAGCGACCAAUUAGCAACCGGUAUGGGAGGUGUCCGAAAGAAAAAGUACAAACGCAAUUCCAUCCCAGAAACUGAGAAAGAAAAGCGACGACUCCAGUUGGUUCGUCAAGCAGAGUAUCAGCAAGUCGUAGCCGAAGCUAGAGCUGAAGGUAACCCGACACCCAACAUAUGGAGCUUUGAGUGUCUGUUUCCCGAUCCGGUGUGGGACGAGACUUGUAUUAAGCGAGACCUGUUCUCUAUUAAGGAUCAAGACCAGGCAACACUGGCCAAUGCCAAAGCGAAGGGACCGAAGGCUGUUCGCACUAAUAUGGGUCCCCUCAUUCAGAAGCAAAAUCGACAAGCUGAAACUGGUAGCGUGUUCGGGAUGUUUGGACAGACAGAGUUGAAAGCUCCAUCUGCCUCUUCUACGACAGCAAGGGGUGCAGCCGCUGUGGCUAUGGAUGCUAACGCCGAAGCUGCUACUGUAGACGCUCUGGGCAUUAUCGCAGCUCCCAUGCAGAAUGCAUCCACCACCGUGUUGACAAACGGCAAGGUGGACCGUGGCUUAACUCGGUUGGUGGAGGACAAAAUCUAUGGCUACAGACGAACUGUGGCGGGUCAGUUCCAGUAUGAGACUUCCCUGAUGGGAGAUGGUGCUAUUCAGUUUCGGGAUGGAGUGAGGCUUGGGAAUCCUUUGCCUUUAAAUACAGACCGCAUGACGUACUUUGCCAAAAAGGAACUGCAACACGGACGAGUGGAGGAGGCGAAAGAACUUUACGAGACGGCUGUCAAGACGGAUCCGCGUGAUGGUCGGGCCUACCUGGGACUGUCUCGAUGCGCCGAACGACGACGUGACUUUAAGCUAGCCCGAGACUGGUUGCGGGCUGGCAUUCAAAACUCGGCGGCAAAACCAGCUAGCUCCAAUACACCACCGGAUCAGGGAGGCAACCCGUUUCUGUUGCAGGCAUUAGGCCGUAUGGAAGAAAAGCGCGGGCACUUGGCCGAGGCAGAGUCUCUGUAUGUUCAGGCAGCAAGGUCUCGACCAUCGCAUGCGGCAGCGUGGGUUUCUCUGGCGCAACUUCGAACACGCAAGCUGGGACAAACCAUAGCUUCGGGUCGGGUUUGCUACGAAACCGCAGAGAGAGAAUUGGAAAGGGCUGGCCUGCCACAAAACUCUCAUGUGUACACGGCGUGGGCAGCCCUGGAAUACCACGGUGCCGGAGAUGUGCGUCGAGCACGACAACUGUUCCAGUCAGCCCUGAAAGUUGACCCCAAGUGCUCUGCGGCUUGGCUGCAGCUUGGAGUGAUGGAGGCUGAUAACGAAAACUGGGACGCAGCAGAAGAGGGUUUUGAGAAAGUGUUGAAGUUUGAUAAGCGCAACACUCGUGUCAUGCAGGCGUACGCUCUCAUGGAAACUCGUCGGCCAGAAGGCAGCAGUCGCAAGGCCAUCGACCUGUUUGAACGGGCCCUCAAAGUGAACCCUCGCGAUGCAGGUGUCCUUCAGCCAUAUGCUUUGUACGUGGCGGAACUCGGUGACCUAGAAGCCGCCAGAGAGCUGUUCCGACGUGGCACUGAAGUCAAAAAGCGCCAUGCUCCAGUCUGGCAGGCAUGGGGUGUCCUUGAGAUGCGUCACGGACACCCCGAGGAAGCCCGAAAGAUUUUCCAACAGGGUAUUUGGGCAUGUGCCCAGCUGGCUGGAAACCAAUCGGGAGGCUACCACUGCGCACGGCUCUGGCAAGCCUGGGGAGUGUUGGAGGCCCGAGAGGGCGACUACCCAGCCGCCAGACGUUGCUUCAGCCGUGCCUUGGAUGCGGAUAGUCGCAACGUGGCCACUGUCACAGCAUGGACCAACAUGGAAGAAGAGUUGGGCAACAUUGAUGAUGCCAGGGCUCUCCUGGAACGAUCACUCAAAAACUACGCCCCUGGUUGCGACGCCAAGACGACUUUGUGGCGCGCUUAUGAACUGAUGGAGCAACGGUCUGGCAAUGUCGAAGCUGCUCAAAAUGUCUACCAACGAUCCAUGCGAGAGAGCUUCAACGUGCAAGAUGACAAUUCCUUUGUCAUUGACGAAAAGAAGAGGGGUGAAGCUCCUCGCGCAACAAAGGGCCCGGAAACGGCCAGGAGGAAAAAUGAGGAAGAAGUAGAAGUCAGUCGUUGGGACGAGUUGUCUUCCAUGGGAGGAGGAGAAGUUUGGAUGAACAAUGGCGUCGAUACUACAAAAAAGGCGAGAAAUUUUCAAUGA